AGGCUGGACCGACAGCAGCCAUUGGCCCGCUGGCUCUCUCAUGUACGAGCUGGGAUCAUUGCUUUGUAUUGACGACGCAGCGAAACUCCCAAACCAUUUUGUCACUGACAUUGAGAAGAUUGUUCAAGACUGUGUUUUGCUAUGUCCCGAUGGCGUGGCUGAUGCCCUUCCAGGCGAAGUUCUCCACGACGCUGGCCAGAAUCCCAUCGUUGCUUCUUCCAUUGGCAAGUCGCAACACACCCAGGUUUCGAAGGCCUCCGUAGAGGAUUUUCCGCUGAUGAAACAGCAGCAGUCGCCACGGUGGUGUUCGAAACUGGACGCAUUUGUGGACAUUGUUCAGGUAGGGAAGGACAAAGAUGCGUUCUUCGUUUGCGUGCGGACAAGGACACCAAAUUCAAAGCCUGUCUUGGACUUCUUGGUUCAACUGCGUCUUGAAUACCUCAGAAGCUUUGGCCGUGCAGUGGACUUCAACUGUACCUGUCAUCCCUCAGUCAGCGGGGAAUACUAUUUGAACCUGGCGCCGGUGGCACGCAUGCAAAGGAUUAAGGUGCCUCACGGCCAGGGCUGUUUAGGUUUGGACUUUGAUUUUCUGAAUCCAGAUCUUGGAGAGAAAGUGACAAAUCUCGGUCUUCCAGUGGCUUUCGUUGAUUCUUCACAUGGCAAAGGAAACAUGUUGGCAGCUUCAGCAAAACUUUGGGCCAGUUGCUUGGAAGGUAAACCACUUCUUACUCGACUGUAUGACUUCAAUCGCAAGCUUGGAUCCCUGCCAGUUGCGAAGCAAAUGGUGGAGAAGCUUUUUGAGUAGGAUCACAGUGCGUUGCUUCCCGCAGCCUGAUUGUUUGGAGUCGUUCAAUUGUUGCCUGGCGGUAACGGCCGAUGGCCCUGCCAUGCCGUACCCCCUAUUUGCAUUCUUUACUUGUCGCUCCUCAAACGGAGCCGGCUUUAGACUAGGGCAGAUGAAUGGAUGGAGACGGAAGAGAACUAGGAGCUGAAUCUUGCCGAACUUCUGCUCG